UCUGCCUUUCCUUGUCCCUUCCCCUCCACCUAACCGGCGGAUCAGAGCCUCAUUUCCCUCUGCAAUUUGAUUGACACCGUCUCUUGUCCAAUCACAGCGCUUGACAUUGCUUCCAGCAGCCAAUCGCCGUCGUACGUCGAUCUUAACCCGUCAAGCACGCUGCUAUGCACGUCUGUUAUGUGUGCCAGUGUUGACAAUAGGGUGAAAAAGAAACAGCCCCGAAUCAUAAACGAGCUAAGGAAAACACCAAAAUCCCGGGGUUUGGGGGAGACAAGCAAUCGAAUCAUUAACAGGAAUGUAAAAGCGUUAUCCUAAUCGUUUUAUAUAGCCGUAUUUUGCUAUUAAUGGGAGUUUGAGGAUUAUUCCGUUGGAAGGAAAAAGGUACUCGUGGGUUUGGCUGUUUGAGGCCAGAUCUUCCUGCUGUUUGCACCGAGCUGGAGGUAGUCUCACAGCUAGAUAGAUCUCCAAACAUAGGAUAACUCCUCCGCCGCCGUCUCCGUUGCGAACCACAGAGGAUCAAGGUAAAGUACUACGUUUGGAGAGCUAACAGCCACUCGGUCGGCUGCAGCUUGUCGGGGUCGGGACUCGGGACGGUGUGUGUUUCCCAAGUCGGUCUGUCAGUCUGUGAACGCUAGCUAACGGUAGCAGCAUUAGCACUGCCCCCUGUAUUUACGUCUGGGAUGAUGGGUGAUCGCGCAAGUCCGCCCAGCAGGGCUAUGUCCUCGGCAGCCACCACAUCUCCAUCUGUGGACAAAGUGGAUGGAUUUUCACGGAAGUCUGUCAGGAAGGCCAAGCAGAAGCGGUCGCAGAGUUCGUCCCAGUUCCGCUCUCAGGGCAAACCCAUCGAGCUCACGCCCCUGCCACUGCUCAAGGACGUGCCAGCGCCGGAGCAGCCGGAGCUGUUCCUGAAGAAGCUGCAGCAGUGCUGUACUGUCUUUGACUUCAUGGACACGCUGUCAGACCUCAAGAUGAAGGAGUACAAGCGCUCCACGCUCAACGAGCUGGUGGACUACGUGACGGUCAGCCGGGGCUACCUGACUGAGCAGGCCUACCCUGAGGUCGUAAAAAUGGUGUCUCACAACAUAUUCCGGACCCUUCCGCCCAGCGACAGUAACGAGUUUGACCCAGAGGAAGACGAGCCCACGCUCGAGGCCUCCUGGCCGCACUUACAGUUGGUAUACGAGUUCUUCAUCCGGUUCUUGGAGAGUCAGGAGUUCCAGCCCAGCAUUGCCAAAAAGUACAUAGACCAGAAGUUUGUCCUACAGCUCUUGGAGUUGUUUGACAGCGAGGAUCCUCGGGAGAGAGACUACCUGAAGACAGUCUUGCAUAGAAUCUACGGCAAAUUCCUGGGUCUGAGGGCUUUUAUACGAAAACAGAUCAAUAAUAUUUUUCUACGUUUUGUUUAUGAGACGGAGCACUUCAACGGGGUGGCUGAGUUGCUGGAGAUCCUGGGGAGUAUAAUCAAUGGUUUCGCUCUGCCGCUGAAAGCGGAGCAUAAACAGUUUCUGGUCAAAGUGUUGAUCCCCCUCCACACUGUCAGGAGUCUGUCCCUCUUCCACGCACAGUUGGCGUAUUGCAUUGUACAGUUCCUAGAGAAAGACCCAACAUUAACAGAACCAGUCAUCAGAGGCUUACUGAAGUUUUGGCCAAAAACCUGCAGUCAAAAAGAGGUAAUGUUUCUAGGCGAGCUGGAGGAAAUCCUGGACGUCAUCGAACCAACACAGUUUGUCAAGAUCCAGGAGCCGCUUUUCAAACAGAUCUCCAGAUGUGUCUCCAGCCCGCAUUUCCAGGUUGCAGAGCGAGCUCUGUACUACUGGAACAACGAGUACAUCAUGAGUCUGAUCGAGGAGAACUCCAGCGUCAUCCUGCCCAUCAUGUUCGCCAGCCUCUACAGGAUCUCCAAAGAGCACUGGAACCCGGCCAUCGUGGCGCUGGUGUACAACGUACUGAAGGCCUUCAUGGAGAUGAACAGUACCUUAUUUGAUGAACUCACAGCCACUUACAAGUCAGACCGCCAGCGUGAGAAGAAGAAGGAGAAGGAGCGAGAAGAGCUCUGGAAGAAGUUGGGGGACUUGGAGCUGAAGCGGGGCCUUAGGAGCGACGGGAUCAUCCCAACUUAACGAAGACAGCGCCACGCUCCCCUCUGAACCCCCCUCCCCCCACUCCUCCUCUCCCCCCUGUGAUUUCCCCUUCCCCUCCAUCCUUACGCUGACCCCCCCCCCCCCCCACAUCAGCCAUGUCUGCCCAGAGCUCUGAGAAGUCCCCGAUACAGGCCAUCGUCUCUGGCCCCGCUGGUUUCUUAAUGGUUUUUUUUUUUCUUAUGUUUUUUUCCUCCUGUGUUUGUGCGACUUACUUUACAGUAGAUUCAUCACGUCUGUUUUCAUUAUUUCAACAGCACUGUAAAUAAUAUUUUUUUCUUUUUUUCCCCCCUUAAGCUGAUAUUAUUGCAAACGGAAAAACAAAACAAUAAUAAUAAAUAAAAAAAGGAAGAAAAAAAUAGAAAAUGAGAAAAUGACUUGUGUGGGAGGGGGAAUUUAACAAAAAAACAACUUAUGGACUGUACGACGUGAGACAAACUCUUGAAAACAAAAAAAGAGGAGAUUGGAACUCUUCUUCUCCAGUCCAGUCCCGUGUAUCAUUUUUAUUUACCUGGUUCUCCUCUUUCUUUUCCUCUCGUUGCCUCCAUCUUUCGGUUCACUCUCUCCUUCCUCUCUAAUGGUGCAUCUUUUCUGCCCCCGUGUGGGACAUCCGGACUAAUAAUGGGUUCCCCACUCCCCCCGAGGUUCCUCUCUGGCCCCGCACAAAUGUCUACAGGUUGGGGGGGGGGUGAACAAAACACAU